AUGUCUCCGAGAACGCAGAAGGUGCCUUCAUCAGAUGCAUCGGCGAGGAAAGAGGAGCAAGAUCGCGCUACACUGCGCAUCAUAGAGGAGGCCAACGAACUGAAGCGAAAGGAGUAUGAGCUUCGCGAAGCCAAUGGCACAAUGACAUCGCCGUCACCGAAGUCAGCAGUCCGUCCUUCUCUCCCGAGACGAGUGGAAUCCCCAUUGUCCCCGAGAUCCAACGGAAUCGAAACUGCGUUGACUCGAUCAAGCGCUCAGAAGACUUCGCAUCAACGACUAUCCUCAGAUGGUAACAACAAUUCGAUUCGAAAUGGAUCGAGUGCAACGAGUACCAGUUUGGCCAACAUGGGGCGUAAUUCGCCCAUAGUUUCUCCACCGGUCGUCCAAAAAAGGUAUAAUUACGUCCCGCCAAGCACGACGCAUUUCAAUGAAAUCUUGUAUGGGACCUGGAGCGGGUCUACUUCGUCCCUUCUCCCUCGAGAUCGUCUCCCCAACAUUUCACAACAAAAAACCGAGAGGCCUAAGACAUCACGGCCAUAUAUUCCGCCAUUGAGCAACAGCUCCCUGUCCACAUCCAGCAACGACCUUCAUAAACAAUUCUCCCCAGUGGGAAGAAUCAUCAGCAAAUCGACCCAGUCUCUUCAUGCACAACUCUCCGCCAUUUCAGUAGACCCUGUGCCUGCGAAACGACCACCAACAGGUCUACGAUCUUUUCCAUCUCAACCUCCCGCAAGCCCGACACCGCCGCUAACUCCGAACGCUGACUCAAACAUUCGGAAAGUUAAAGAGGCCGUCCGGCAACAGACCUUGGGCCAGAAAGCGGCUAAUAAAAUACUGAAAUCGCAAACGGAUAGUUCCUCAUCAGUUCAACGUUCGACAAACUCACAGAACUCUCCAAAGGCUACCGUCGCACCAAACAAGAGCUCCACUGCCGUCCAGAUCUGA